CACCCACCAGUACCACUAACAGAUAUAUCCGCCGUUUAAUUUAAUUUGCCCCCGAUACAAAAAAUAUAAAACACACACGACGCAGGCUACAGAACCCUAACCAACCAGAGUGCUAUCCCUGCAAACAGAUAUGAAAUUCAGGGUUUCGUAUAGGCUCCCAAUUUUUCUUUACCGCACACGCCAUGGAUACCUCCACAACCAGCGUCGCUGCUUCACUUCGUUCUUCAAAAAGCUCCAAACAACCACUCGAGCCCGAACUUCAUUCAAUGGCGGAACUGGCCCUUCUCGAGGUGAUUCUUUUUUGGUGCCUGGUGCAACCGCCGCUACCUUACUUAUGCUUGGGGUUCUCCAUGCCCGUAGGCUUUAUGAUGACAAGAAGGUUGAAGAGGCACGAGAAAAAGGAAUUGAAUUUGAGUUCCAACCUGAUGUAAAAGCGUCAUUUUUGAGAUUGCUACCACUGCGCUCUAUCUCUAGAUGUUGGGGUUUCUUGACAGGCGUGGAACUUCCUGUCUGGCUGCGUCCUUAUGCAUAUAGAGCAUGGGCUCGGGCAUUCCAUUCAAAUUUAGAAGAAGCAGCCCUGCCUCUGGAUGAAUAUGCUUCUUUACGGCACUUCUUUGUUCGCUCAUUGAAAGAAGGUUCCAGGCCUAUUGACCGUGACCCACGAUGUCUGGUUAGUCCCGUGGACGGUACCAUUUUAAGAUUUGGAGAGUUGAAAGGAGCAGGGGCUAUGAUUGAGCAAGUCAAAGGGUUUUCCUAUUCUGUUUCUUCUCUUCUUGGUGCAAGCUCUUGUCUUCCCAUGAUAGCCCAAGGGGAUAUGCAAGAAGAAGUUAGUGAACAGGAAAGUACUGUGAAAGAGAAGAGUAAGAAGUCAUGGUGGAGCAUUUCAUUGGCUUCUCCUAAAGUUUGGGAUCCUGUAUCGGCACGUCCAAUGAAAGGCCUCUUUUACUGUGUAAUUUACUUGAAGCCUGGAGACUAUCAUCGCAUACACUCUCCAGCUGAUUGGAGCAUCCUUGUCCGCCGGCAUUUUUCAGGUCGCUUAUUUCCUGUGAAUGAACGUGCUGCAAGAACAAUCAAAAACCUUUAUGUUGAGAAUGAAAGGGUUGUACUUGAAGGUCUAUGGCAAGAAGGGUUUAUGGCGAUGGCUGCAGUUGGCGCUACAAAUAUUGGGUCAAUUGAGCUUUCCAUUGAACCGGAACUUAAGACAAAUCGGCCAAGAAAGAAGUUACUGCCCUCAGAACCUCCAGAAGAGCGCCUUUAUGAACCUGAAGGUGUUGGUAUGAUGCUGAAGAAAGGGGAUGAGGUAGCCGCUUUCAACAUGGGAUCAACAGUGGUACUUGUCUUCCAAGCCCCCAUAUCAAAAUCAGUUGAACUUGGGAAUUCCUCUUCAGAGUUCAAGUUUAGCAUCAAACGUGGAGAUAGAAUCCGAGUUGGGGAAGCACUGGGGAGGUGGCAUGAUUUGUAGCAACAAUUAUGGUGCACUACAUUUAUGAGCCCUGUACGGGAAGCUAAUAGAAAUAGAAUUAUAUAUUUAUGAUUUUUGUUAUAAAAAUUAUAUCUUUACGAUCAAGCAGAGAUCUAACUUGUCUAUUGUGUGU